AUGCCUUGCCGGCGCGUCAGGAGCGGGGCCGGUCCCCGCCGCCUCGUGGAUAUCGGCCCGCGUCCCCUGCGCGUCGCGCCCCCGAGCCGCAUGACUCUCGGCGGCGAUGGAACGAAUAUCAGCGGGAAAUUCAGCAUCGCGACCGCCGCUACCGCUCUUCUGAGAGGUCGUCGGAGAAGCGCUCCCCGCGGGAGCGGUCCCCUCGGCAGCGGACGCCGCGGUCGUCGCCUUCGCGUCGGGGCCGCGGGGCUCAUGCGGGCCGUUGGGAUUCUCGCCGCCGUGAGCAGUCCCCGCCCCGUCCUCAGUCGGCUGGCCGGUCCGCUGCGCGCUCCAGCCUUGCGGGAGUAUCUGCCAGCUGCAGCGGCGAGGGGGCCGUUCCGCGGACGCCGCCAAGCUGCAGGUUACCCUGCUCCUCAGAAUACGGUUGGCCAGACUCCGGGCCAGGUGGGGAUGUUUCUGCCGCGCGGAGAUCCGACUGCGCCUCUCCCCAGCCGCGCGGGGAGAGAUCCCACGCUGAGCAUGUGCCGGAUGUGGAAUUUGGUGGGGGCGGCUGAGGGGCUGGCAAGCCUGCAGCUGGCGGCGUGUGAGGCCAUGCGUCACACACCGAGCAGUUUUGCUCAAGGGCCCCAAGGACAGUGCGUCGCUUGGGCAGGAGAGAUUGUCCCCCUUUUAUCGCCCGUGUCGGAUGCGCCCGCCGGGGUAGCACCCUUAGCCCAUACCUUCCCCCGCCUCGCUCUUGAUCUUCACGCUGCGGCUCAGCACGGGACCCCUGUUGAUACUCUUCGCUUUUCGGCGGAGCUUCUCCACUCGAUGGCGGGGUGUCUUCUCGCGAUGCUUGAGGCGGAGGGGACUGGCCUGUACACGCAGUAG